UCGGUGCCAGCAGGGGCUGUAACUGCCUCCUGUUCUGCCCCACGACGACACAGGACUCUGGGAAGCCGGGAGGUGUAAGACGUCUUCUGGACCACGCGCACCUGGAGGAGCGAAGGCAUUUAUCUGGCCGGCCCGGCAGGCUCCGAGGGAGCGAGCACAGGUCCGGGAUGGGUCUGCUGAAGGGCCUGCUCGGGGUGAGGAAACUGCUGCUGUCCAUCCUGGUGCCGCUGCUGCUGCUGCCCCUGCCCAUGCUCCACCCCAGCAGCGAGGCUUCAUGUGCGUACGUGCUGAUCGUGACCGCUGUGUACUGGGUGUCUGAGGCCGUGCCUCUCGGAGCUGCAGCCCUGGUGCCUGCCUUCCUCUACCCAUUUUUUGGAGUCCUCCGAUCCAGCGAGGUGGCGGCCGAGUACUUCAAGAACACCACGCUGCUGCUGGUGGGCGUCAUCUGCGUGGCGGCGGCCGUGGAGAAGUGGAACCUGCACAAGCGCAUUGCUCUGCGCAUGGUCAUGCUGGCCGGAGCCAAGCCGGGCAUGCUGCUGCUCUGCUUCAUGAGCUGUACCACACUGCUCUCCAUGUGGCUCUCCAACACGUCCACCACCGCCAUGGUGAUGCCCAUCGUGGAGGCCGUCCUGCAGGAGCUGGUCAACGCCGAGGAGGACCAGCUCAUGACCAGCAACUCCAACACCGAGGAGGCCGAGCCCACCAGUCUUGGUGCAAACAAUAGCCAGCCUUCUCUGGAACUCAUCUUUGUCGAUGAAGACACCUCGACUACAGACUUCACUUCUCUGAUGCAGAACAAGAACCUGAACGGUGCGCCCACAAUCACCAACCCCGUGAAAACAGCCAACCACCAAGACAAGCAGCACCCAUCCCAGGAAAAGCCACUAGUCCCGGCGUCCGGCCCCAGGAACCAGGAACUAAACAGAAAGUACAAGUCCCACCACGACCAAAUGAUCUGCAAGUGCCUGUCUCUGAGCAUAUCUUACGCCGCUACCAUCGGGGGCCUGACCACCAUCAUUGGCACCUCCACCAGCCUCAUUUUCUUGGAACACUUCAACAACCAGUAUCCAGCCGCAGAGGUGGUCAACUUUGGCACCUGGUUCCUCUUCAGCUUCCCCAUCUCCCUCAUCAUGCUGGUGGUCAGCUGGUUCUGGAUGCACUGGCUCUUCCUGGGCUGCAAUUUUAAAGAGACCUGCUCUCUGAGCAAGAAGAGUAAGACCAAAAGGGAAGAGCUAUCAGAGAAGAGGAUCCGAGAGGAAUAUGAAAAGCUGGGAGCCAUUAGCUACCCUGAAAUGGUGACUGGAUUUUUCUUCAUCCUGAUGACCGUGCUGUGGUUCACCCGGGAGCCUGGCUUUGUUCCUGGCUGGGAUUCUUUCUUUGAAAAGAAAGGCUACCGCACUGAUGCCACGGUCUCCAUCUUCCUCGGCUUCCUCCUCUUCCUGAUUCCAGCGAAGAAGCCUUGCUUUGGGAAAAAGAAGGAUGGGGAGGACCGGGAGCCCUCGCUGAGGAUGGAGCCCAUCAUCACGUGGAAGGACUUCCAGAAGACCAUGCCCUGGGAGAUUGUUAUCCUGGUGGGAGGAGGCUAUGCUCUCGCUUCUGGCAGCAAGAGCUCUGGCCUCUCCACAUGGAUUGGGCACCAGAUGUUGUCCCUGAGCAGCCUCCCACCGUGGGCCGUCACCCUGCUGGCCUGCAUCCUGGUGUCCAUAGUCACAGAGUUUGUGAGCAACCCAGCCACCAUCACCAUCUUCCUGCCCAUCCUGUGCAGCCUGUCUGAAACGCUGCACAUUAAUCCCCUCUACACCCUGAUCCCAGUCACCAUGUGCAUCUCCUUCGCAGUGAUGCUGCCUGUGGGCAAUCCCCCCAAUGCCAUCGUCUUCAGCUACGGGCACUGCCAGAUCAAAGACAUGGUGAAAGCUGGCCUGGGGGUCAAUGUCAUUGGCCUGGUGAUAGUGACGGUGGCUAUCAACACAUGGGGAAUUAGCCUCUUCGACCUGGACACUUUUCCAGCCUGGGCUAUGCCCAGUAACAUCACUGAUCGGACCUAACACAAGUGGGCACACGGCCCAACCAGAGGCGCUGCCAGCACUUAGCAGAAUCUGACCAACAAACAGGCCACGCAGAACGCCAGGAGCACAGCACCCCCACCAGAAGAGUCCGCCAUCUUCCACCUCAAGUGCGGUUCAGGACUCGCACAACCAAAGCCCGAGAAAACCUAUCCCUUUCUCACUUGUUUGUAACUAGUCUCUGCAAUCGAUCCUGCGGAAGACAGGAAGAGGCGAAAGCCUGCCCCGCUGCCCCUCAGAGGCUAAGCCCCACACUGCAGAGCCUCACUAAGUUUGAUAUUGUUCUUAAUUCCUUUUUAGGAGUUGAAGGAGAAACCCAAAUCUCCUGCCUAUGCACAGCAAAACCAGCGGCAUCUCUUUCGUAGGAAAAUCUCACCUAGAACUUGAGACCUUACAUCAGCUCCUUUCUCUUAAGAGUUUCUGUCCUAAGUUCUCUACAAAAAGGCAAUUCUUAGUAAGCCCUCUUUGUGGCAGUCACAACUCUUAUCGCUGCUCUGAUUCCAUUUUAAGCAUCUCUCUUCAAUGGCUUCUCUUUACUUUGGCACCAAAUUCCUAUAAAGUAACUGUUCCCCUUUCCAUAAAGGCUGGUGCUGUUCUCUCUGUCAACGGAAAAGGAAGCAGAGAAAGAAGACACACUGUGAUUAGCAUCUCUCUUCACUCAUCACGAGCCAUCAGUACCACUGUGUUGGUUAAGUGUUGGGAAGGAGGAAAAUUUUCAUACUUGUCUUAUUAAGGCGGCCAAAACUAUAAUUACGUCUACAGCACUAUUAAUGAUAUUUGACUGGCUUUCUUCUGGAUGUAAUUAGUUCAUUUCUGAGAAGACAGGUCCAGAAAGGCCCAAACCCAUUAGUCACUUUCUACAAGUAGAUGAGCCCUUUGAGGGGAGUGAUAUCCUAUGUCUCUGAAAAUCCCAGCUACUUAUACUACCUAGUAAACUGAAACUGCUUAAUAAAUGUUUCCCUUGAGAAAAUCACUUUGAAAUCAAAGCCUCCUUCUUCCUCCUGAAAACCAAGCCAUUUUCUCCAGGACAGAUGUCCUUGCUAUCUGAUUGGAUAUAGCUCCCAAACGCUCCAUUUCCUGGCAUUAUGUAUUUCUAAUUUCCACCACCAGUUACUUGCUAAAUAUAUCUUAUGGGAAAGGCUCCCCCACAGUUAUUGUUUUAAUUGAUUUUAAGUUCCUAUUAUCAGCAUGUGCCAUUUUUCCGCAACAAUAAUUUAUCAAUGAAGGCACUACCUUGGUUUAUCAAA